GGUGGGACGUCGAGUUGAGGACAAGACGAGUCGGCGGAUGUUUGGGUUAAAGGACGUGGUUUCUGGGCGUAGGACUUUAGAAGAACAAUUUUGGUGGAGGGAGCCCAACUUUACUUCAAGAAAAAAUGGAUCCUUCUCGCUUUUUAGCGCUCUUCCUGGUCUUCUUGUGUCAUUGUUGCACCGCGGUUGACGCAGAAAAAGGUAGUCGCGGCUUCAUCGGUUUGAUCAACCCGGAAACCCCGGACCUGGUGGAGGUAGACAAUGCCACCUCCGAUACCCUGCAGAGCGGUCUCACCACCGUUUUCCUGCCGAUGGUGUACAUCGUGGUAUUCGUGGUGGGCCUUCCCCUCAACGCAAUGGCCAUCUGGGUAUUCCUGUUCCGCACCAAGAAGAAGCACCCGUCGUCCAUUUACAUGGCCAACCUGGCUCUCGCCGACCUGCUCUUUGUUUUAUGGACGCCGCUGAAGAUUGCUUACCACCUGGCGGGAAACGACUGGACGUACGGCGAAGGGCUUUGCAAGGUCCUGGUGGGCUUCUUCUACGGGAAUAUGUAUUGCUCCAUCUUAUUCAUCGCCUGCCUCAGCGUGCAACGCUACUGGGUUGUGGCGCACCCGCUCUCCCAACAGCGCAGGAACAACAAACUAGCGGUGAUCAUAUGUGUCGCCAUCUGGAUUUUUAUCUGGCUCACCACGACGCCGCUCUAUUUGUACCAGCACACGGCCAAGCUUAGCAAGCCCGUCAUCACCACCUGCCAUGACGUCAGUGUCAUCCUGGACCGCAGCGACCCCUUUGCCUCAGUCCGACUGCCUUACUUCUAUUUCAUCCUGAUGGGUGUGGUGGUAUUUCUAGUGCCUUGCGUCGUUAUCGUGGUGGCGUACGUGCUGCUUCUCCGGGCGCUGGGCCAAGGCAUGGGAGAUGCAGCGGCGGCCAAGAACCGGCGGAGGGCGGUGAUGCUGAUCGGCGUGGUGUUGCUCACCUUCCUGGUGUGCUUCAUCCCCAGUAACAUCAUGCUGGUGCUGCACUACUCUCUGCUAAAGGAGGGCGUGGUGGAUAACGGCUACGCCUUCUACAUCGCCACGCUCUGCUUGGCAAGCCUCAACAGCGUAUUGGACCCUUUCAUCUACUACUUUGUGUCAGACGAUUUCCGGCAGCACGUCAAGAACACGCUGCUUUGUCGCAGCAGCCGGACGGUGGAACGCAUGCGGGUCUCCUUCAGUUCCAUGAAAUACUCCAGGAAGAGCAAGUCAUACGUGUCAGACUCGGGAAACACGCAGAGCAGCUCGUGCUAGCCGAAAUAAGGACAAUUGGACUUUUAAUUGGAUGCAAGUUCAGUUUGUAGCUUGUCCGACAAGGCUGCGAACUUCCCAAAGACUUGAAAGUGUUUUUAACCUAAUUUAGUGUUACCCUGCUUUGUAAAUAAAUGCUAAAAAAACAAUCAUCUGACCCUUUUGUCAAGGAUUCGGAGCCGCGUUGUGACGCUGUCAGACCGGGAUUCAUGGAAUGCGGCUUUUUUAUGAUUGCCUGAACUGGUCCGGUCUUGCCCUUCCCAGAUAACAAAUAGUUAAACAGAGGAAAGUGUCCUGCACUGACCUAACCCCCACCAUACAUCAAAACACCCACAUUUUUCGCAGUGUUCUGCUUCAACUGAAGCUACAGCAAUGCAUCGAACAACCCAAAUAAUUUGACAAAAUAGUCAAAGCAAAGUGUAGAAUUAAGUUACUCUCUGUGUGUUCGCAAGCAGUUUCCAGGCCAAGAAUUCAACAAAGCAUAAAUAUUGUGCAUGUUUGCCAAACACACUCAUGUUGCUAAGCCCACCCGGAAAAACAGAAGUGUUGAAAUACCUACUCUUUGCCUAUGAAAGGUCUCAAAACCAACGCAGUGAUCAGCGCUUAAUCAUCCAAGCUUUGGUUUGAACUCCCACACCUUCCCUGUUGUUGUUCAUUAGCUAAUGCUGUUCUUGGUUAGCCUCUACAGCAGGGGUCCCCAAACUUUUUCCUGUGAGGGCCACAUAACUUUUCCCUUCUCUAAUGGGGGGCCCGGGGUCAGUUUGUAACAGAAAAGGUGUGAUGAUUGUAGGAGUGCCUAAAUGUAAAAAUUACGGGUUGUCAAACGAUUACAUUUUUAAUUGAGUUAAUUACAGCUUAAACAUUAAUUAAACGUAAUUAAUCGCAAUUCAAACCAUCUCUAAAAUAUGUCAUAUUUUUCUGUAAAUUAUUGUUGGAAUGGAAAGCUAAAACACAAGAUGAAUAUAUACAUUCAACCAGGCCAUUAGGGGGCCCUAAGCAAAUUAAUGCCAAGGGGCCCAUAUUUUUGGCCCACUAUUUCAUCACAGUGUACUGUGAAACCCAUACAUGCAAUCCAACCCAUGCGCCCAUAUUUUGCAUAUUAAUCAGAUUUUGUUGCACUGCAUUCUUCAAACUUCUCACCCCAAAUAAUUGUCAGUACUUACAGUAGAUAGCACCAAACCAAAGAACAAAAUUAAAGAAGAACUUUUAUUUUUUAAGCUUGUAAUCAAGUAUCAAAACUGACAAAAGACAAAUAAAGCAAACUGUAGUAAACAAAAUAGAGGCCCCCUACUGGUCAGGGGCCCUAAGCAGCUGCAUAGUCUGCGUAUAGGCUGGGCCGGCCCUGCAUUCAACAUACAGUACAUAAGUACUGUAAUUGUUUAUUAUAACAAUAAAUCAACAAGAUGGCAUUAACAUUAUUAGCAUUCUGUUAAAGCGAUCCAUAUAUAGAAAGACUUGUAGUUCUUAAAAGAUAAAUGUUCAUACAAGUUAUAGAAAUUUUAUUUUAAAACCCCUCUUAAGGUUUUUGUUUUAAUAAAAUUUGUAAAAUUUUCGAUCAAAAAAUAAACUAGUAGCCCGCCAUUGUUGAUGUCAAUAAUUACACAAUGCUCAUGGGUGCUUAAGCCCAUAAAAUCAGUCGCACCCAAGCGCCAGCAGAGGGCGACAAAACUAAAAAAAAACACAAGUAGCAAGUUGACAUUGCACUGUGCUGUCAUUUUAAUCUGUUUGAGCCGGGCAUCUGCGUUAAUUACGUCAAAUAUUUUAAAGUGAUUAAUUUAAAAAAUUAAUUACUGCCCGUUACCGCGAUAAUUUUGACAGCCCUAGUAAAAAUGUAUUGUUUUUCAGAAAGCCACAAUCAAAUAACCCUCUCUGAAUUCUUCACGGAACAAAAGUAAAUAAAAUAAAAAUAAUAAUAUAAUAUAAUAAUAAAUAAUAAUAACACAAUUAAAUAAAUAGAUAAUCAGCAAAUAACCCUCUCUGGGUUCUUUGCAGAAAAAAGCCAGGAAAUAAAUAACACUAUUCAAAAAUAAAAAGAGAAAAAAAAAAAUGUUCAGGGGGCCGGACGAAAUGUGGGCCCACGGGCCAUAGUUUGGGGACCCCUGCUCUACAGCAUACACCCAUUCAUCUACUACUUUUUGUUGUUCAAAUUAGUGUUAGCAAGUUGUUAAAGCAUUAAUAUCAAAAUAUCCUGAAAAACAUUUCUGCACUCCCCCACCUGCAGGUGAUUAAAAAGGUCCUCGGGUCAGACGAGUCUGCUUGCAAGAAGUAAAUGAUUGUUGCUGUGUGUCUCUGUUACCAUUUGCUGCUGACUCAUAUGUUUGUGAGUCACAUUAAACCCGUGCAGGCAGACUAAACUGUUGCAUUCAAAAGCUUUUUAGAUCCUGAAGGUGUCUACUGAAUGUAAAUAUAACAUAUGUAAUGCAUUUUUUACUAAUUGUGUAUGUUCUUUAUUUUUAAAUACAAAAUUUAUUGUAAAAAUACAUGUUUUUAAAACAUUUUUUUUUUACUUACCAUAUUUCCGCGUCCAUAGGGCGCACCGUAUUAUAUGGCGCAGACUCAUUUUCAGGUGAUAUUUCUGUAUUUAACACACAUAUAAGGCGCACUAUUGGGCGCAUGAAAAACAUAUGCUUGCAUGUGCCUUUAGUAUGCGUGCUAGCAAGGGGCAAAGUGCGUAAAGUACUUGCAUCAAGCUUAAUAAAUCCACAAGUCCAUCAAAGUCCUCAUCUCCUGUAUCUGAAUGAACAACUGAGCUAGGUCUCCAUCUGACACGGCAGCUCAAAUUUUCUUUAUGCAGGGUCUUCUUAAAAAUCACCAUAAGUGACAGUUACUUUUUGUUUCGCAUAGGUGAUAGCAUUGAGUUUAAUCUGGGCUUCGUAAGCAUGUCUCUUCACAGUAGAUGCCAUUUUCGAGGGUUCUUCACCAAAACAAAAGCUGUUUAGCCAACGCACACGCUAAAUCGUUACAGCUACUAGGGGCCCGCCCCUAUCACACGCAACCUUCUCCCUUUAAGGUUCUCAUGUCCAGCUUUUCAAAAAUUGCUCAGUCAGACACAUUUUGGUACGCAGUCCACCCAAUAGGCGUACUGUCCACCCCGGAAUAGGCACCUUUCAAAACUAAAAUUCUUGAAACUCCGGAGUUGUAGAACAUAUUGGAAGAAAUUUGCAUACUUGUGAGAAGGCGACAUGUUUUAUUUCUGACUCGUCUUUAAAAAAAAAAAAAAAAAAAGUUUAAAAAAAAAACAAAUUUGGAUGAAAGGUACUGGAAAACUGGUGUUGAAAGGCCUUAAAAAGUGCUUGAAUUUGGACAUGAAAAGUUGUACGAACCCUGAAAAUGGCAUCCAAUGUUGAAAAAUGCUAUGUAAAAAAACAAUGUUUAUAAGAUUAGUAUGAAUUGCUAGAAUAGGAAAAACAUUUAUUUUAAGGAAACAAUCUUCCUUUUGAAAAUGCCCAAUGUGUUUUUAAAAGUGUAAAACUAAUUUGCAUUUAUAUUUUCAAAUAGACAUUCUAAAAUAAUACAGGUUGUUAUCGAUAGACGUACAGUGAUCCCUCAUUUUUCACGGUUAAUGGGAUCCCCGGUAAAAAUUAAAAUCCGCGAAGUAGAAGCAGAGCUUAUUUACACUGGGGAAAAAAAA